AUGUAUGGCGCUUCCGCGAACCAGCGGUUGAGUGCCCGGAAUGACGCUCUGCAAGGCGCCACCCUUGCAUUCCACUCUAGGGAUCCCUCACCUUCAGUUAGAUCUUCUGCCACUACAAUGGCAGAUACUCUAGGUCAGAGGACUGAAUCCCAUACACCAGAAGCCGGCUCCGUAAAGGAUAAGGUCGGGAGAUUGUCGAGGCCACUUUCACCUACGCCCAGUACAUUAAGUGCGAGGGGACGACCAUCAGCCGCACCUCUCGCCUCGACAUCUCAAAUUGCCGCACGGCUCGCUGCCUCAAGGUCUCCCGGGCGGGACACUACUCCGUCGACAACUCCCAGUUCUGCAGGUGCAAUACGAAAUGCGAGCCGGGUGCCACCUUCACAGGAGAAACGACUGCCACCACCAAUCCCUAUUCGCUCGAUCCAAGAGGCACAAAGUCCUCUAGGCCGUCCACUACAUGGAAGUGGCGUAAGGUCUGACCCGGAUCUGGCUUUCUACGGGCGCUCUUCAUCGCAACAAUCCAGCACAACUCUAGACUAUCAGGAUAGUCGAGACUCGAGCCCUCGUCCCUCCCUAGAAUCGCGAAGUUCGUCUCUGCUGUCAGAUGAGUCGAAACCGAAGCUUCCGCCGCGUGUGCCUCCGCCACGAGGGUCUCUCAGAAACCAUGGAGUUGCCUCUAAACUCAGUCCUUCGACCCCGAGCGAGAUAUCUAUAGCAAGCCAGUCGCCUGCAAGCACCAACAUAAUAGAUGACACCAUUGGCAUGAGUGAGGAAGCCCUCUCCAAUGCUAUCAUCGCCUCAUCCGUGGCAUCAGCACGAGCAUCCCCGGCUAUCAGGGGGAUUCCCCCGCCGGUUCCCCAACGACGACGGGCACGAUCCAUUCUACAUCUACCACACGUACACCAACCCAAGCCUGAUAUGUCAAGGUCACCAAGUCCCCCGAAGAGUAUACCGAUGACACUUCGUGGCCUACCGAAAGAUACCGAGGCCGACCGCCGAAAACACAGAAAUCCCCUGCACAAACACCCCCACAAGCACAGGGAGGGGGAUCGUAAGCGCUGGCAACGUGAGGUCAACGAGAGGGAACGCAAGCGUUACGAAGGUGUUUGGGCCUCUAAUAAAGGGCUUCUCAUCAACACCGAGGGCCCCGGUCCUAAUAAAAACGGGUCAUGGCCACCUGACGCUUCGGAUAUGGUUCUCAAUUUAGUGGUUCGGGAGAUCUGGUCCCGCAGCCGCCUGCCAGAGCCGAUUCUAGAGCAAGUGUGGGACCUGGUCGAUCAUCAAAAUAUCGGGCUCCUGGUGCGUGAGGAAUUCGUGGUUGGAAUGUGGUUGAUCGACCAGAACUUAAAGGGACACAAGAACCCUGUGAGGGUUCGAGACAGUGUAUGGGAUAGUGUACGGUAUGUCGGCAUUAAGCUACCCCUUGGGAAAGGCAAGGGUCAUGCUUAA